CUAAUUUAGAACAAAAUGGCGUUGACAGCCGUAGUGACAAGUGUGUCGAUCGCUCCGUAGCUCCGUGAAAUGUUUUCGAUAAAAUUCGCGACUAAAACAUUGUAAAUUCCCCAUUUCGAGACAGAUCCCUCCCUGACCUCGUUACCUUUCCCCCACAUAUGAAUUCCGUGCGGAUUGCCAACGAAAUUCAGGUGAAAAGUGGAAUAAUUCGAAUCGCGCCCUGGACAACGGCAGCGAGCACGACCGCGAAUGUGAUGAGUCCUCAGUCGUGAACAGAACGAAAUUCCUGUCGAGACGUUUUUUGUUGUGCUACAACCCGCGAGUGAAAAUUGACGGGCUGACAGCGGGCCACACUGUGAACGGCAAGUCGUGCGUGAGGAGUGGCGAGUGGAGUUUGCUUUAUGACGACGAGUGGAGUUUUUGCAUUUGGUGUUUCGUGGGAAAAGUGCUGUCGAUAUCGCCCGUCGCUGGCUGGGUGAAUAAAAUUCAGGAUUCCAAGGUGCAAUUCGACACGCGGGAAGUGAGUGUGUUUCGGCUGUGUAAAAUCGUUCUUAGCCCGCGCGUGUGAGUGACGAAAACUGCGUCAAGAUGGGUUUGCUGCUGGCGAAGCUGUGGAGCAUGUUUGGGAACGAAGAACAUAAACUAGUUAUGGUCGGUUUAGAUAAUGCAGGCAAAACGACAAUUCUUUAUCAAUUCCUUAUGAAUGAGGUUGUGCACACAAGUCCUACGAUAGGCUCAAAUGUUGAAGAGGUUGUGUGGCGAAAUAUACAUUUUCUGGUGUGGGACUUGGGAGGACAACAGAGUUUACGAGCUGCAUGGAGUACAUACUAUACAAAUACAGAAUUCAUCAUAAUGGUGAUCGAUUCGACAGAUAGAGAACGCUUAGCUGUAACACGUGAAGAAUUGUACAAGAUGCUUCAACAUGAAGACUUAUCAAAAGCUAGUCUACUCGUAUACGCAAACAAACAAGACUUAAAGGGCUCAAUGUCAGCAGCUGAAAUUUCCAGACAGUUGGAUUUGACGUCAAUAAAAAAACAUCAGUGGCAUAUACAGGCAUGCUGUGCGCUCACAGGAGAAGGCCUUUAUCAAGGUCUCGAAUGGAUCGUGCAACGUAUCAAAAAGAAAUGACAGACAAGUGACGACUACGACGACACAUAGUAAAUAUUAUGAUGUACCGAUAAAUUAUUAUUACUAUUGUAUUACAUAAUGCGUUUCCCUAUAUUCCCCCCCCCCACUUCUAACUGCGCUAGACUGCAACCCAAACAGUUAUUUUUUAUUCCUUGAAUCAAUAUCAAAUAAUAUCAACUUUUACGAAGAUAGAACUAUUGUUGAAGAAAGUGCGAAAAGAAUGAUACAAUGUAAAGAAUAAUAUUUUUUGGUAUUAUUUUUUUAACGUUUGCGAUAUGUAGACAACAAUCAAUAGAAGAUAAUGAAGGAACUAUUGCUGUAUAUUUACUAAUAAAAAUUCAAGAAGAAAUAAACUCAAUAAUAAUUUUUCUACCUGUUGCAAAGUAACCGAUAAAUCACUGACCCAUUGCGAGAGAAUGAUAUACAAACGAAAGUAUGAAAAUUUGUGAGCGUUGUUGAAAAUCAAAUCAAUAGGAAACCAUGUCUCAGCUGGAAGUAAACGGAAAACCAAACAAAAAUAGUGAUUAUGUAAGAAAUAAGUCCGUUCAAUGAUUAAACUCAUGUUUCAGAUGAAUGCGCGGAUGGUACGAAUCUUUGUUGUUACAGAAGUAUAAGGAGGAAAGUAGAAACAGCUUUUCAUUUGCUUUCGUGAUGAAAUGAGAUUCCACCAGUUUUUAUUACAACCUUAGAGAAGUCAGCGUCAGAUAUCAUUGAACCUUCGCCAAAAUUAUGCGGUUUUAUUGUUAUUUCUCGCUCGUUCCGAAGUUCAGUGAUUUCUCAUUGAACUGAUGAACGCAUCGAAAUUCAUGCAUUCAAUUGCAGUAAUCAAGUCGAUCACAUUUAUGAAGGUUACGUUUGAAUUCAGGAAAAACUAUUAGAAAAUUCAAUGAUCUGAAUAAACUCUCCAUCUCUGGUAAUCGAAAUGAAUUUCAGAUCAAAAUACUUUUCUUAUUUUUGUAAAUUUGUGUUCGCUUAGUUGUUAUAGAUAGAAUUGAAUAAAAUGUAAAAUGAGAAAAAGUCAAUGAAUGAGUAGUAGAUUUUCUAUGAAUUAGUUUCGAAUUAAUUAUCUAAGUGAGAACAGAUGAAAAUUAACAGAUAAACUAUUGCUCUUAGACUCUAAUAGUGUAAGGAUGUUAUUUUAAGUCUUUAUAUAUAGACGUACGAUGUAUUUUAGUAAAAUUACCUCUUUCUGAUGCAUUUUUUGUUUUAUUUAAACGUUCAAUUUGAAACAGGCGAAACUUGCUUAGCUUGGCUGCUAUUCACUUUACGCUUCAGUUAAUUCCCUUCAAAAGCCAGAGCCUGAUCUUCAAAAUAUCCAGUCGUUUCCAACUACUUUCAAUUUAUUCUGAAGCAACCCUGAUUACUGCAUGCGGCAUUAUCAUUCAGUGCUGACAAAUAUGAAGUUCAAGGUACGAUACAAUAUCGUACACAAUUCAGUACAGCUCCUCGCAUGCAUGCACAUUUUUUCUAACAUCAACUGUAUAAGCUUUUUUCAAAAUAUCAUGGACGAAUGAUCUUCCUUGAUUUAAAAGUCCCUGCCUUACGGGAUCCUAUGUAAAUUUCGAAGAAACUAAAUAGUCGAUAGUAAGAAAUAAGCUCAGCAUCACCAUCCUAGGUGAUCUCAAAAUGCUUUCAGAUACGCAACAAACUAUAACGAGAUAUCUAGCUCGAGAAGCAACUUCCUCCAAGCCGCUUCACUCUCAUUUUGUAUAUAAAUUUUCAAGUGAUUUCCGAUUGUUAAACUCUCACUAUAACUUGAAACGGUACAAACUAAUCGAAACCUUUGUUAACACUUGCGUUUGCGCAACGCCAUAUGCUUCUGCACUAUUCAAGGUAAAAUCAUUUCCAUACACUUUAUUCACUAGUUUCCAUCCACAACCUCACUCAAUAAAAGCAAUCAAAAAACCAAACACAAAACCUAGGGGAAAGGAAUGCAACACAAAAAAAAAAUUAAUAAAAAGAUGGCAAAUAUUCCCCACAUGCUUUUCCUCUGUUAAUAGUAACAUUUGAUGCAAACAAAAAUGCAAAAAUUAUUACACUAAGCGGUUUAGAUAACAAAUAACAAUAGAUUGUAAGAUGUGAACAAACGCGACGAGGGAAUAAAUAAUAAUCUCUACUGAGAUUAGUGUAAAAUAUAAGAGAAAUAAUGAAGCAAAUAAAAGAGAAAUUUUAUUGUAUUUAUUCUAAGCCUUAAAA